UUCCAGUGUGCGCAUGCACACAUUUCCAGCUUGGAGUCUGCCCUAAAGUCAUCGCGUCAUUAUCCUGACGUUCCCAGCGCGGACAGAGAACGUCACGAUACCGACUUUCCUAGGCUGUCAUUAUACAUAGGGACUGGGAAGACUGACAGCGGAGAGCUGAGAGAACCCCUUGAAAUAAGUGCGAGAGGCUAAGGUUUGCUAUUUUAAGUAAUAUGAUCUGAACCUCUGUGUGCUCAUUAAAAAAGCCAAAAUGGAUCAUUUUAUAAACUGGACGCACAUCCAUAUAUAAAUACCUGGUUACGGUGGCUCAAGCAGUCAUGACAACAUCCCAUGUCAAUGGGCAUGUAACAGAAGACUCUGACAGCGAAAAGCAGAGUGCAGAUCUUUCUCCUCCAGAAGAACCACAAAAGCAUAGAGAAAUGGCAGUCGAUUGCCCAGGGGACUUGGGCUCAAGGGCUAUGCCAAUUCGCCGGAGUGCCCAACUUGAGCGUAUCCGGCAGCAACAGGAGGAUAUGAGACGAAGACGUGAAGAAGAAGAAAAAAAGCAGGACUUAGAUGUUACGUCUUCUAUGAGGCUUAAGAAAUUGGCACAGAUUCUCCCUAAAACUGGAAUUGACAACCCUAUUUUUGAUACGGAAGAAGGGAUUUUUUUGGAAAGUCCAAAUAGAGCUGUUAAAGUGUUGGAAGUGGAAGAUUUACUGUCGUCAUUAAAAGAUAUCCAACACACCUUGGUAGAUUCUCAAAGUCAAGAGGACCUUUAUUUGCUGCUACAACUGGUACAAAAUGUUGACUUUCAGAAUGCAAUUAAAAUCCACAAUUCUGUGGCUGUGCAUAUGAACAAAGCUAGCCCCCCAUAUCCACUUCUUCCAAAUGCUCAGGAAUUAACACAAGAGGUACAACAUGUUUUACAUUCAUGUCAUCAAAAAGAAGGCCAGGAGCUCAAAGCUUUGCUGAACACACCACAUGUACAGGCUCUUCUUCUGGCACAUGACAAGGUUGCAGAACAAGAAAUGAUGCCAGAACCCGUGUCAGAAGAGCGAUAUUAUGAGAAUAUUGGGCAAUAUGGAGAUGAAACUGUGAAAAUAGUUCGAAUUGAAAAAGCUAGAGAUAUUCCACUUGGCGCAACAGUACGAAAUGAACUUGACUCGGUUAUAAUCAGCCGAAUUGUAAAAGGGGGUGCAGCGGAAAAGAGCGGGCUCCUGCACGAAGGGGAUGAAAUCCUUGAAAUAAAUGGCAUUGGUAUUCGUGGGAAGGAUGUCAAUGAGGUGUUUGAGCUGCUGGCUGAUAUGCAUGGUACACUGUCAUUUGUGCUGAUUCCUAGUCAACAAGCGAAGCCGCCACCUUCCAAGGAAACUGUGGUUCAUGUAAAAGCGCAUUUUGACUAUGAUCCCUCUGAUGACCCAUAUGUCCCAUGCAGAGAGUUGGGCCUCUCUUUCCAGAAGGGUGACAUUCUACAUGUAAUUAGUCAGGAUGACCCUAACUGGUGGCAGGCCUAUAGAGAUGGGGAUGAAGAUAAUCAGCCUUUAGCAGGACUUGUACCAGGAAAAAGUUUCCAGCAGCAGAGAGAAGCAAUGAAGCAGACAAUUGAAGAGGAUAAAGAGCCAGAGAAAUCAGGCAAACUAUGGUGUGCAAAAAAGAAUAAAAAGAAAAGGAAAAAAAUAUUAUACAAUGCUAACAAAAAUGAUGAUUAUGAUAAUGAAGAAAUUUUGACAUAUGAAGAGAUGUCACUUUACCACCAGCCAGCAAAUAGAAAACGUCCUAUUGUUCUUAUCGGACCCCAAAACUGCGGCCAAAAUGAGCUGCGGCUUAGGUUAAUGAACAGCGAGCCUGACAGAUUUGCAGCUGCAGUACCACAUACAUCUCGAGGUAGGAGAGAUAAUGAAGUGGCUGGUAGAGAUUAUCACUUUGUUUCACGGCAGAUGUUUGAAUCAGAUAAUGCUUCUGGAAAGUUCAUUGAAUUUGGAGAGUUUGAGAAAAAUCUAUAUGGCACCAGUGUUGAUUCUGUGAGGCAAAUUAUCAAUUCUGGAAAGAUCUGCUUAUUAAGUCUUCAUACACAGGCUCUUAAGAUGCUACGUAAUUCAGAUUUAAAGCCAUACAUCAUUUUUAUUGCACCACCAUCUCAGGAGAGAUUGCGGGCACUAUUGGCUAAGGAAGGUCGAAAUCCCAAGCCUGAUGAACUUCGGGAAAUUAUAGAAAAGGCACGUGAAAUGGAACAGAACAAUGGUCACUAUUUUGACACUGCAAUUGUUAAUACAGAUCUGGAAAAGGCCUUUCAAGAACUCCUGCGACUUAUUAAUAAGCUGGAUACCGAGCCUCAGUGGGUCCCGUCAUCAUGGUUAAGAUGAAGAUGAGAUAAUACUGAUAAUUCAAUAGUGCAGUAGCACUUCAUGUGCUGCAAGUGGAAGUGUUGAGGAGACACUCAAAUUGUAUUUUUAGAGCGUAUAACUAUUGAGCAUAAAAAGGUGGACAAGGUCUAGAAAUCGGUGUAUAUCAAGUUGUAACCCGUACCCAAGACCAUAACUCAGAUGCACUAAGAAGAAGAAAAAUAGCUUCUAGAGCCUGCAAAUUCUUACCGCAAUUUAUGAAUAACUUGCAGCUUUUUAAUGUGGUUACAAGUGUUUAUAAAUUUGACAUUUGAGAUUACUUUUCUUCAACCCAAAGCUCAAGUGUUUCCCAUUAGCAUCUGUUCGAAUAAGGUGUCUUGUUUUUAAAUUCUCUAUUUUCUCCAAAGCUUUUUGCAGAUAUUGGUUUUGGAUUUUCUUUACAAAAAGAGACAGUAUUCGCUUUAUUAAAGAGGGUAAUAGCCGCUUUAUUAAUUAUUGAAAACAUCACUCUGUUCCAGCAUCUUAUUCUUCAUGAGACUUGCAUUUGGUUCCGAUAGUUAUCGUCCAUAUUGUCACUUUGAACCUAAUUAAUUGCCCAAAACAAGCAUGUAUUUUAUCUAAUAUUUGUAUGUAUUGUAUAUACACCAGAUAUUUUUCUUAACUUCAUUUAAUUAAUGACUCUGGUAGUGAAGGAGAGGAUGUCGGUUCCACCAUUGGGCAAAUUAAACACUUGUUUGGUUUUGGUUUUGACCCUGCACCAGGGUGGCGAGCAGACGGUUUUUAUUUGCUGUGUUUGUGAUGAACUCUACAUUCUACAAAAAUAAGAAAAAGUAAAAAAUGUUAUGUCUGAGAGAAAAAGUUAACUGUACACUUUAAAGUUGAGUCUACAGGUGACAUUUUUUUUAUAAACUGAAAUGAUUGAGACUUGUGUACUUUAGCUAAGUACUCUCUGUAUUAUGAACAUAUACUUACUGUUCAGGCCCUGGAUGGGACUGCAGACUUGUACUGUAUAUGAAACAGAAGCACAUAUAUCUAAUUUAAAUUAAAGAGUGCACACUUAUUAGGCCCAUAACCGUUCUUGGGUAAUACACACUAUUGUGAGUAUGAAUGCUGUUAUCGCACUGAUUAUAUUAAUGAACACUGUACAGAGAAAACUGAACCUUUCUCUUUAACUGGAUGUACAUAUAUAACAUAGAUUGUGUUUUAGCAAUAUGCUUUUGAAAUUUUUAUGGCAGAUUUACAAGCUGGAGGAUUCUAAUUCUGCCACUAUUUUUAAACCAAAUCAGUUUUUAGAAUCUGGGACUUUAACAUUCCAUUUUGUAAAAUCAUUUUAUUACAAAAGUAAUUCUGUUGCUUGUUGUGCUACCGGGAACUGUAAUCAUUCAGCAUUUUGUUCUGAAUAAACUUAGAAUCUGCAGUUGCUUACGAAAAUUAAUAGCUUAAUGGACUUUUUCAGAUUAUAGUUUGUUUUUUUAACAAUUUACUAUUUUACAACUCUUUAGUUAUUGGCAAAUGAAAUGUGCGUUUUAGUCAGAAUAAAAAUGUUUAUAGAGAGGAGCUCAGUCUAUCGACAUAUGCACUAGGGACAUAAAGGUAGAUAUACAACUAACGUUCUAGUAACGCAGAGCAGUUUAUUUUCAUUGUUAAAAUGUGUUUAAAUUAAAUGUAUAUGUUUGAGUCAAACAAUGGGAAUAUCAUAUCAUCUGUUAUAUUGAUGCUGAUUUAAUUAAUGUUCUCUUCAAAUAGUUUUUUCUCAUAAACCUGUAACAGAUUGCAAA